CGGCGGGGGCGGCGGAGUGAGGCGGCGGCGCUCGCGUCGCUCGGCCCCUUUCUGUGCCGGCGCCUCGCAGAGGGAGCAUCGCGCGCGGAGCCGCCCGCCCGCCCCAGCCCGCCCAGCGCCGCGCCGCCGACAUGGCCAAGUCCGAGUCUCCGAAGGAGCCGGAGCAGCUCCGGAAGCUCUUCAUCGGCGGCCUCAGCUUCGAAACCACAGACGAGAGCCUGCGCAGCCACUUUGAGCAAUGGGGCACCCUGACCGACUGUGUGGUGAUGAGAGACCCAAACACCAAACGCUCCCGAGGCUUCGGCUUCGUCACGUACUCCUCAGUGGAGGAGGUGGACGCCGCCAUGAACGCCCGGCCACACAAAGUGGACGGCAGAGUGGUCGAACCAAAGAGGGCUGUAUCCAGAGAGGACUCGCAGCGGCCCGGAGCCCACCUCACAGUCAAGAAGAUCUUUGUGGGAGGCAUCAAGGAGGACACAGAGGAACAUCAUUUGAGGGACUAUUUUGGCCAAUAUGGCAAAAUUGAAGUAAUUGAGAUCAUGACAGACCGUGGCAGUGGCAAGAAGAGGGGCUUUGCCUUCGUCACCUUCGACGACCACGACUCUGUCGACAAGAUAGUCAUUCAGAAGUACCACACUGUGAACGGCCACAACUGCGAGGUGAGGAAAGCCCUGUCCAAGCAGGAGAUGGCCAGCGCCUCGGCCAGCCAGAGAGGCCGCAGCGGCUCCGGGAACUUCGGCGGCGGCCGCGGCGGCGGCUUCGGCGGCAACGACAACUUCAGCCGCGGCGGCAACUUCGGCGGCCGUGGUGGGUUUGGUGGCGGCCGCGCAGGCGGUUAUGGCGGCGGUGGAGACGGCUAUAAUGGAUUUGGCACUGAGGGUUACGGCGGCGGCGGCCCCGGCUACUCGGGCGGCAGCCGCGGCUACGGCGGCGGCGGCGGCGGCACCUACGACGGCUACAACAACGGCGGCGGCUUCGGCGGCGGCAGCGGCGGGCGGAGACCGGCCCGGGGCCCUUCGCUGGCCCUGCGCAACGGCCUGUCCGAGGCGGGCUCGGGCAGCAACUUUGGUGGCGGGGAAGGCGGGGGCAACUACAAUGACUUUGGCAGUUACAACAACCAAUCCUCCAACUUCGGCCCCAUGAAGGGCGGCAACUUCGGGGGCAGGAGCUCGGGGCCCUACGGCGGCGGAGGUUACGGCAGCUCGAGCGGCGGCGGCGGCAGCUACGGCGGAGGCAGGAGGUUUUAAUGCCCAGGACGAGGCCCAGGCGGCAGAGACGAAGCGGCGGCAGGGCCGGGGCAGCUGAGGGGGGCUGAGGGCCCUGACAGGGAGGAUGGAAGGGUGAGGGGGGGGGGGAGGAAGGCUCAUUUCUUUUCCCCCACCCCCCUCCUCUCUCCUUCCCCCCCUCCUUUCCCUCCCCCUCAGCCCCAGCCAGGGCUGUGUUUGUGACUCGCUGUGCCACAGCUCCCCUGCGUUGUCCGUGCCGUGGAACCAUUCCGACGGGGCCCCGCGGGGUCUCCUUUUAGUUGCGCCCGUGCUGUCGCUCGCUGGCUCUUCCCACCACGUCCCACAACGUCCCACCACGUCCCACAAAGUCCCACAAGCUCAAUAAAUGGCUCUUUUUUUUUUUUUUUUAA